AAAAACAGGUCGGCAAUCCCAGUUCUAACGUUUUUGUAGAGCUCAGCGAAUAUGCCCAAAAGCACCACUGAAGACUUGACCAGAUCAAGCGAGAAACGCCCUCGCAGCACCAGCAGAACUACCAACGUCCCCUUACAUUUCACCGUCCACAAAACCGGCUGUCACAUCGAGAGCUGCUGUGGAGUUUGCAAUCUUUUCCCUGGUGUACUCCUGAUAGCUUUCUGCCAAGUGCUGGUUGGAUCUAUUCUCCUGACCCUGAUUCUUACGCAUGGAAAGCAGUAUGAUGAAAUGCACCAGAGUCCAACUUCCCAAUUUAUGAGCACGGCCACUGGUGCAGUACUAAGCGGAGUCACAGGCGCUGGAAUAUUAUUGAUUGUCGUUGCUCUCACAGAAAACUGCAGAGCCAUGUUGGUGUAUCUGCUCGUUGCAUCGAUGGUUUGGGUGUCGAUUUUAUCGCUAGCACUCACUAAGAUAAGUAGAGCCUGCGUGCGGUUUCAAGAUGCUCCGAAGAUAAAAGAUGAGCAGCACCGGUUAGCAAACUUAGCUUGCGUCAGUGGUCUCUGUACAUUUAUUGGAGCUGUUAUCUACCUCUUCUCGUUCAUAGUGGUGUUUAGUUUCUACCACUUCCGCUAUGUGAGACGCGCCAUCUUGAUGCACGAGGCCGAAUGCGAAUCAUAGGUACAAGAAUAUCCAUAUUCUUGGCAAGGCCGUAUCCCGAGAAAGAGUUUUAUUUUAGUACGUUGGGGAUGAAUAUAAUUAUAUCUACUUAGUAUAGAAAA